CUGUGGGCCAUAACAACUAUGGACGGACUGACCAGCAGUACAGUCAAAACAGUGUUGGUAGUGACUUCUUGAUACAGCACAUAAUGAUGGAAUUGACCAGCACAAAACACAUGAAUUAUCAACACAUGUUACUUUAAAAGGGAAUUAGUCAAGUUCACGGAAAUGAAUGCUAUUAGCUAUGUCAGCUAAACAGAGGCUCCUUCCGCACGUGCAGAACAAUACACUUUCACUGUAUUUUGCAGAUGUGCAGAAUAGCAAAAUCCACUUGCAAACAAUUGUGAAAGUGGAUUGAAAGUGCAUUAUUCUGCAUGUGUGGAAGGGGCCAGAGCCUCCAGGUUCAGAGACAGUAUAACUUUGAAUAUCAACGAUAGGAGAAAUGCUACAACGGAAGACUGCUGCCUUUAACCUUGCAAAUGUGGGAUUCCUAGGCAUACAUGACCCAGUAAUGCCAAUCCCAUUUGCCUACAUGCUUUGAAAUGGGCAAGGGGAAAAGGCACAAAUGCCAUGCCCAAGGAUAAAUAUCUUUGUGCUGUCUUCAAGCCCCCAUUCCCUGUACACCUCAAGUACACCUCUUUCCCUAUAGCUGCUGCCUCAACAAGAUUAUCAAUCCACAUAACUAUGGGUGGGCAUUCAGUAAUUACAAAAAGAACCCUCCCCCCGCAAAAUACUUUUCUGCGAAGAGAUUUAUAACUUUUCAGUUUAUUAAUAAUUGAAAUCAAUGACUAUCCAAUUACGAAUAUAAAAUCGUUUUAAAAAUCUUCAAAUACAUUCUUCAUGAUAGAAAAUAAUAGUACAAAAUAAAAGCUGGAUGAUCUUUAAUGUCUUUUUAUACCUGCUUGUGUGUGUCUUUUUAGAAUCAAAAUGGAAAGAUUACAACAAAUGAACUCCGUCGUAUUUUAGAUUGUAUCAUGUUCCAAAUAAGUGAUGAUGAUUUCGAAGAACUAAUGAAAAUCAUUGACCCAGAGGACACUGGGCAACUCAGCUACAAUAAAUUUUUAAACUUGUUUGAAGAUAAGGAUGCAAUAACAGAUUCAAAAUGGAUUAAUGGCAGGAAGAAAGCUAAAAAGCCAUCUGCUAUCCUUGAAGCAUGGAAUAUUGCAGAAGAUGUUUUAACUGAGCAAAUCAAGGGAUACUGGAAUGAAUUUGACAAAGCUUUGCAGGCUUGUGAUCCUCGAAGUACAGGCGUUAUUAGUAGAAAUAAUUUCCGGAAAGUUCUUCAGGUCUACUGUCCCUCAUUAACUGAUGACCAUUUUAUUGCGCUGUAUCAGAAGUAUCAAGAUGAUACCACAGAAGGAGUCCUCUACAGAAUGCUUUUGCACAGUUUAGGAGUUGCUGACUUGCCAAAGGAAUUAGUGGCCCUAGUACACAGCCCUUCAUCCCCCAGACGUCAGCACAGAGAAGAAAGAAGGCAGAUGGAGCUUUCAGAGAGAAUGAAACAGAUUGAAGAACAUGCUUAUGAAAACCCCAAGAACGGAACUGUCGAUGCAGUAAUUGAAAGACUAAGGGAUGGUAUCCUGCAUCGGGAAGCUAGCCUCAGAGACCGUUUUCUUUCCUAUAACAAGCAAGCUAGUGGCAAAUUGAGUAAAACUGAUUUCCGCAAGUUAUUGGAAGAUAUCUGUAUGCCAUUGGAAGAUGACCAGUUUAAUCUACUAAUAGAGAAAAUAGGAUUUCCAAAUGGAGGACUGAGUUAUCUUGACUUUGUGGCAAUAUUUGAAGAUUCCAGACUGACUGGACUGGGACACGGUACACAACAGCAAGUAAACACCAGCAAGUGUCACUUUGCGACAGCUGAAGAGUGUCUUAGCCAGUUUAGUGAUAAACUGGUGGAAGAAUAUGGGGACCCAUACAUUGCCUUCCGUAAAUCAGACAGAAACCAUGAUGGUAUAGUCACCUCGCAAGAUUUUCGACGCCUCCUAGAGACCCUUUUUGUCAGCAUAACAGAUGAGGAAUAUGUACGUCUGCUCAGUAUCCUAGGGAUGAAUGUGACAUCUACAUUAAACUACCCAGAAUUCCUCCAAUUGUUCCAAGAACAUGCAACUAAAGAGACCCGCCCUUGGCUGGUCUCAUCUAACAAAUCCAAACAGAUAGCUGCAGAUGCAGAUCUAGCUUGUGAACAAGCUCAUUACUAUCUUACUAUAAAAGCACAAAGCAGAUGGAAUGACCUAGCCAUGUUUUUCCAUGAAUACGAUAGCGAUGGAAAUAACAUUGUUAUGAAAAAGGAUUUGAAAGAUGUCCUGUACAGAUACUGCAUUCCUUUAAAUCCAAGAGAAUUUGAAAAACUCUGGGCAAGGUAUGAUGUGAACUCAAAAGGCUACCUUACUCACCAAGAGUUUCUACAGAAACUGGGGGUACAGUCUACACCUAUCACUGGACUCAGCAGACUAUAUAUGGAAGACAACGGUGUACCCUUUAUGAAGCAUUACAAAAAGGUAGAAAAGAAACCAAUGGAUAUCAAUGAGAUUGUAAAUAAAAUCCGGGAGAAAUACCAGGCUUGCUCUCAAGAUUUCCAUAAGGCCUUUUUGCAGCAGGAUAGCAACAGAGAAGGCCUCAUAACAGUGGACAACCUGCACAAGAUACUGGAAAACCUCGACUUUUUUCUGGACUAUCAGGAGUACAACGAACUUCUAUACAGAUUGGGCAUUAGCAUUCAGGACAACAAGCUCUCCUAUUUUGAUUUUCUAAGAGCAAUUGGUGAUCCUGGAGCAUUCGGAAAGAAAAAACGUAUCCUGCCACCUGUGCCACCCAUCAGCUUCAUGCAACUGAGCAUAAAUGAGGCCAUGAAGAAGAUAAAACAGAUAGUUACAGAUUCAUCUGAUGUGUUAUACAAGGCCUUUUCUGCUUUUGAAAAGGAGAAUGCAGGCGGAAUUUCAGCCCACGAUUUCCGGCAGGUGCUUCACCACUUCUGUUUUACACUAUCCGAUAAGCAAUUCAACCAUCUCCUCAGACUUCAACGGCUUCGUGGUGAGCACUCCAUAGACUGGAAAUAUUUCCUGCAAAAAUUCAACUUCCUGUCAGAGCCUGAGCGGGAGCGUAUGAAUAUUGCUUGUGGGGAGCUGACAAAUCAACAAGUGUUUGACCGUAUACGAGAAGUAGUGAGCGCUCGUUUUCAGGCCGUUGAGCAAGCAUUUAAAAAUGCAGAUAGUGCAAGAACAAAUGUUGUGUCGAAAGGAGACUUCAGAAAUAUUUGCCAUCAGUGGUUUAUGCUUCUGACUGAUCAGCAGUUUGAGAGUCUCUGGAACACAGUCCCUCUUGAGCUUAGUGGGAAAUUGAAAUAUCCUGCAUUUUUGCGGAUGUUCAGCACUGAAAAAUCAGAAAUGACUCAUACGCCCAAUGCACUUGAACGCCCUGAAAAGCCUGCAACGCCAGCUGAACCUGCAUCACAGUUGCCUUCACGCCCCAAAACAGCAGCAUCUCCAGCACUUUCAAACAAAACACGGGAUGCCAGCAGGCCAUAUACUGCGGCAGUUCGGACUCCACCUAUUCUGAACUGCAAACCAAUUGAAAAUAAACUCCAAAAAAGUGUUCAAUAUUGUUGGAGAGAUAUGUUGAAGGAAUGCCGAGAGAAGGAUGUUGACCGUCUGGGAGAAAUUCCAACAGAAGAUUUCAUAAAUUUAGCCGAGAAAUUUCAUUUGAAUUUAACCAAAGAAGAACGUAAGCAACUCAUAACAAAAUACGAUUUUAAGAGUGUUGGCAAAUUUGCCUACUGUGACUUUUUGCAAAGCUGUGUGCUAUUGUUUAAACAACAAGAACCUACUCCUCUACAAAGGAUUGUAAUUCAAGAUCCACGAAUACAGAAACCCUCUGGACCACAAACACCAACAUUUUUCAACGCAAUGAUGAGGAUUCAGCCCCAGAUUCUGCAGUGCUGGAGACCAAUGAGACGAACCUUUAAGAUGUAUGACAAAAGUGGGAAUGGACUCCUCAGCAUUCAGGAUUUCAGACAGGUACUCCGGACAUAUAGCAUCAAUCUUUCUGAAGAGGAGUUCUUUCACAUCUUGGAAUAUUAUGACAAAGCUUUAACUUCCAAAAUCUCCUACAAUGAAUUCCUGAGAGCAUUUCUGCACUAGAAACAGAGCUAUCUCCAAUCUUCAGAGAUCAGUAGACAAGAGCAAUAUGAUUACCAAAAGAUAUUUCUUCAUUUCAGUCUAUUAAAAUUAUAUAAAUUCAGUUGCGUGAUUGAACAGUUCAUCAGGAAUCUUAUAAAAUUAAAAUGUUUCAGUUGUUGGGGCUAUUAAUUUUUACAUAAUCCAUUUAACUGAGAAAACUGAAAACAAUGAAAAUUGUUUUGGUAAUGAUUUAGAUACUCUUAAUUGGCAUUUCAAAUAAAAUAAUAGCUUUAGUUUCUUUCAAUUAAAAUGUUUUAUUUAGAAAAUGACUUCUAAAAGGCAUAUCAUUCAACAAUU